GCGGCAGCAGUGGCACUGUGGGCCACAGCUCCAGACCCGCAGCCAUGUCCACACUCUCUCUGUGCCUCCUGUGGGUCCUGGCCACAGUGGCCCGGCCUGCCCCGGUGGCCCCCAUGGGUGGCCCAGAGCCAGCACAGCAUGAAGAGCUGACCUUGCUCUUCCACGGGGCCCUGCAGCUGGGCCAGGCCCUCAACAGCGUAUACAGGGCCACCGAGGCACGGCUGACAGAGGCCAGGCAGAGCCUGGACCUCUAUGGCCACACCCUGGAGCUCCUGGGACUACAAGUCAGCCAAGGCCAGGAUGCAACUCGGGAACUCCACACUGACUUGUUGGGGAUGCAGACGGACGAAGAUACUUUGCAGCUGCAGGUAGAGGCCACGGCCCGGGAGCUGGAGGCGGCGGCCCAGGCCCAGCAGGUGUUGUGGGACAGUGUGAGACACCUAGACAGCCGUCUGAGGGUUGCCUGUCUCGGCCGUGCCUGCCAUGAACUCGAGAACUUAAAGCUUCACGCCGACAAGCAGAGCCACCUCCUGUGGGUCCUCACGGGCCAUGUGCAGCGACAGAGGCGGGAGAUGGCAACACAGCAGCAAGGGCUGCGACAGAUCCAGGAGCGGCUUCACACAGCGGCGCUCCCGGCCUGAGCCCGUCUGCGUGGACCAGAGGACCAGUCGUGCAGAGAGGGACACGUCCACGCGCCUCGCGGCCCUGCGCAGGCGGAGCUGCCUGUCCGCUGGGGUCGGCCAGGGUGCCCCAGUUCAGGGAACAGGGCAGAGGCGGCAGCCGGCGGGAAACAGGCAGAGGGCGAGGCCCCGUGAGCAGGGAGGAGGAAGGGUGAGCGCUCCUUCAGCCUCAUUAAAGCGCCUCAGUGCAUUUCACCGGUGCCUGUCCCAUUUCUG